AUGACCCGUCGGGACGUCCCCGGCUUCGCCAUCGGGGGCCUGAGCGGGGGGGGGGAGAAGGACCGUUUCUGGCGGAUGGUGAAGCUCAGCACCGACCUCCUGCCCCCCGACAAACCCCGCUACCUCAUGGGCGUGGGCUACGCCACGGACCUGGUGGUCUGCGUCGCCCUGGGCUGCGACAUGUUCGACUGCGUCUUCCCCACCCGCACGGCGCGUUUCGGCUCAGCCCUGGUCCCCUGGGGCUCCCUCCAGUUGAAAAACCACCAAUUCGCCAAAGAUUUCCGCACUCCGACGGUGCCCCCCCGGCACCCCCUGCAGCCCCCCUACCCUUAUCCUUACCGCUUCCUCCUCAACGAGCCCCACAAGUGCCGGGGGGAACGGGGGGCACCUUUCUUGGUCCUCUUGGUGGCCACCCAACCUGGAGACACGGCCGGUAGGGCCGCCAUCCGUCAGACGUGGGGCAACGAGAGUUGGGUGUCGGGGGUCUCCAUCUUGAGGCUUUUCCUCCUGGGGGUGCACCCCGUUUUCGGGCGGGAGCUUCGGGGGACGUUGGAAGAAGAGAGUCAACUCCACCACGACCUGCUCCAGCAAGAUUUCUUGGACACCUACAACAACUUGACCUUGAAGACCAUGAUGGGGAUGGAGUGGGUGGCCCGUCACUGCCCCGCCGCCACCUACGUGAUGAAGGCCGACAGCGACGUCUUCCUCAACUUGGACUACCUGGUGAGGAACCUCCUCCUGCCCCCCAAAAAGGAUUUCAUCACGGGUUACAUCUAUCGCAACACCAGGCCCAUCCGGAACCGAGCCUACAAGUGGUACGUGCCCCACCAGGUCUACCCCAACGACACCUACCCCCCGUAUUGUGGUGGCCCCGGCUACGUCCUCUCCGGCGAUUUGGCUACCAAAAUCUACCGGGUGGCUCAGAAGUUGCCCCUCAUCAACAUGGAGGAUUCCUUCGUGGGCAUCUGCCUACACGCCUUGGGCAUCGACGUCACCCCCAGCCCUUGGGGGGUCUUCAACAUGCACCGGGUGGACUACCAGAAGUGCCGCUUCUCCCGGCUAGUCAUGGUCCACCACUACUGGCCACAGGACCUGCUGGCCAUCUGGCCUGAUUUCCAGAAUACUGAGUGCCCCCCGUAGCCACAGGAGGAGGGGCUUGGCCACAACGGGGCUGGCCACAGCCCUGGUGGCCAGUAGAACCUUGUUGGGACCUGGUCAUCCCAGCAUCCCGUAGCCCUGGUGGCCAGAAGAACCAUGCUGG